UCUGGUACUUUCUCAUAAUGAGAAUAGAUAAGAAACACUGGUCAACUUAAUAUGUCCAGUGAAUUGUCCAAAUCGGAGCAUUGUGUGCAUACACAUGUACGUGUACAUAAUAAAACCACAUUUUAAGCAUGUAUUGAAUCUAUACACACUUAUGUACAUAACUAUACCAAUACAAAGAAUUGCAAAUGCUAGGGUAAAUGUUUUCAAACCACGAGUAAUUACAAAUUCACAUAGAUAAAAGCAAGGGAUAUAAUGACAAUUUUAACAUAUGAAGAUUAAUUUGAAUCGUCAUUUUAUAAUCGGCCACGCCGAUUAUCUACAUAUCUAUAUGCACGGACAAUACCUAUGUAGGUCAGAUUCAUGUCGCACAGAUUUUAGUGAUUUAUGUAUCUUAAAACAAUCAAUUUAGAACUAACCAGCGACUGACUAAGCUCGAAGAACUCGAAAAACAAAAUUUCGAGUUGCCGAAGGGAAAUGUGAAUUUUACCUUAAGAUAUUUACAAUCACAAUUUAUAGUUUAUGGACGGUGAUAACUUGAUAAGGCUAGUAGAUAAGUUAAUUCCAAUAAAAUAUAAACCGUAGUAAUCCAUUAAAUAUAAUAUUUAGUUUAUACAGGACUUUGUGUCAUGUCGCAUUACUCCAAUUAACUUCUAAGCUGUAUUUCUCCCUGUUCCACGUGGUGCACGUCAAACAAUUGACAAUGCAAAAUAAUGCCUGGUGAAAUUUGCCUUUUACUAAGUAAGUAGGUUAACGUCAUCCCACGCAACAAAUUGAGUAAUUAUCGGUGAACAACGCUAAACGAUUGCAAUUAUUCAUAAUCAAAAUAUGUACUUAUGUAUAAUACUGAUAUUCAUCCCUUUAUUGAAGUCAGUGUUUGAAAUAUGCAUUAAUUUAGAAAUUAAUUUAGACCUAAUUGAUUGCACCUUCAUGAUACUAAAUGUCACCCCAAAUUAGUAAACUCACCACAUAGUCUUCCACCAAUUCGUACAUAUACUUUUUUUACUCUUUGAAAUAGUAUCGGACACCACUAUCCGAAUAUUUGCCAUAGUUUUUUUUGUCAGUUCAGUAUUCAAACUUUGCACACAAUAAUUCAAGUUAAUCAAUUUAUACAUACUUAUUUAAUAUCUCGCAUCUAAAUACUUAUAUAUGUAGGUCUACUAGGAGGCUUGAUUUUAUAAAUUUUGUAAAUGUGUAAAUACCAUGCAUCCAUAAUGAAUAAUGUAAAUUGUACGCUGUUAUUGUUGGUGGAACACGACUGAAGUGGGUUUGGCAAUGGUUCCUAAUCCUGUGUUUUUGGUAAUGUGUCACAAUUUGUGAGUUUUUAGUUUUGUAAUGCUUGUUACAUAGGCAUAUUUCUGAAAGUAAUUCAUUAUUUAGUCAUAUUUUUCAAUGGGACACUUAUUUAUUCCAGACUAAUACUUAAAUAUUCAGCAUUUAAUACAAAAACACAGUGUAAAACGAAAUUCUAUUUAAAACACGAUUUUUACACCCUGUGUAGUAUUAGACCAAUAAUUAUACACGCUCGUGUAUGCAAUUAACAGCGGUAUUGAACAAUAAGAAAAACAAAGCUAUUCUUAUGUCACUUAUCUAAAUUAUGAUGAAGGAUUAUUCUUAUUCUUUGAUAGCCGGGGCCCACAGGAGAACAUUCGUAUCUUUCAAACUGGAACUUUCUAGACAGAUAAUAAUUCUGACUCCUACUUUCACGCAAGAAAGGCCAAAUGUUUGCAUGUAAAAUUUUGUAUUUAAGAAAUACUAAUUCCUCGUAAAUUAAAUUAAAUAUUUACUAAUUACACAUUACGCUCAACUUUUAUCAUGUAUUCCACCCAAUUUCUUCCCCUUUUAAUCCGUCAUAUCCGCGUUUGUCGUUUUCUUCGAAGUAUUCCAACCGAUUUUGAUGGAAAAUCAAAGAAACUCGUCCUCAUAACGGGUCCUUUUCAAAUUGCAAUAUUUCGCCUACAAUUGAUCCUCUCGUUAGGAUAUUGCGUCACACUCUUCCUCGGGCUUUUCCUUGGUAAAAUGUCCAUGUCCAAAAAAGCUCAGGGCUUAGUUUUCUAUUCGAUGCAUAUCGUGAUCCUGGCUGCUCGAUGGAACUACAGUUUGAACAAUUCUGCCAUGCAAGUCAUCAACUCUGCGAUGGAAUUCGAAACCCAACUCUUACAAGGUCGGCCCAUUCCCAAAAUGUCGCUGCAGGCCAAGCUAAUAAAACUAUUCGUUCACGUCGUGCAAUUCACCCUGCUUGUAAUUCCAUUGGCUGUCUUUUGCUUGAUAAUGUUCGACCCGUGCUCUCCACCUUUUUUACUGUCCAUGUCGACUAAUUGUGCCAGCAUAAAGUGGGACAAUUGUGGAAUUGAAAUUUACAUCUUAAUUUUCGAAACUUGGAUGCAAGCACACAUGUUCUGGGCUGGAGCACUUUGGAUCUGCUUUCAUCUUUUCGUCGGUGUGGUUGUCAUGCUCAAUUAUUUCCAAGUCGUGGAACAACGAAUACACGAAGCUAAAACAGGGCACGAAGUCGAAGCUUGCAUAAAGCUGUAUCGCUGCAUUCAGAUCAUGGAAAAAUUGCUGAAUGCAUUUCUAAUGGUCCGCAUUGUCCCAGUGAUGGUUGCAGGGAUGCCGGGAUUGCAGAUAUUGACGCAGUACGUGUGUAUAAAGAUGCACGAAGAAAUUUCGAUGCCCGGAUUUCUCAUUUUUCCCCUCGUUUUCGGAGAUUCCACUGUCAACAAUGUGCUCGUCUUCACACUUGCUUCGUGGAUCAACAACAUUUCGGCAAAAGUUUUAAUGCAAUUGGGGAAUAAGAUGGUUAACUUGGAUGCGUCAAGGAUGGGAUUGUCCAUCUUGAGGAGGAAAAUUAAGGCGUGCACCGUUCUCAAGAUAAAAUUUGGCUCUAACUUUAUCGACCGAGGAACUCCACUGGUUAUCCAGAAUUUCUGUUUGAAUCAAACUAUGACUUUGAUUCUUAUCAAGUCAUCCCGCUUAGCAGCCAAGGACUAAACACAAAUUAGCAUCAUAGACAUAA